AUGGAAGCGCAGGAACAGACUAGAUCGCAGAUGGGCCACAUCAAGGAGAACCCUCAGGAGAGCGAGUCACAAAGCGCAUUACCGCAAAGAGAAGCGGCUCACACAGAACCUGCUCCCUCGGUGGAAAGCGAGUCUGCUGCUACAGAUAUUCGCCAGGAUGCUGUGGCACAAAGACGACUUCGACCCAGAGUUCGUGAAACUGUGGGACUACAGAGGAGCGGAACGCAAAGUGUAAUAGCUAGAAGUCGAGGAAGGGGAACGCGCACAGAUGCUGCACCUCCUGAGGAGAGCGGCACUGUUUCAGCAGAUAUUCGUCAGGAUGCUGGGGCACAAAGACGACUUCGACCAAGCCGAAGAAGGGGAACACGCACAGAUGUUGCACCUCCUGAGGAGAGCGGCACUGUUUCAGCAGAUAUUCGUCAGGAUGCUGGGGCCCAAGGACAGCUUCGACCAAGCCGAAGAAGGGGAACACGCACAGAUGUUGCACCUCCUGAGGAGAGCGGCACUGUUUCAGCAGAUAUUCGUCAGGAUGCUGGGGCCCAAAGACAGCUUCGACCAAGCCGAAGAAGGGGAACACGCACAGAUGUUGCACCUCCUGAGGAGAGCGGCACUGUUUCAGCAGAUAUUCGUCAAGAUGUUGGGGCACAAAGACGACUUCGACCCAGAGUUCGUGUAACUGUGGGGCCUCAGAGUAGCGUAAUACAAGAUUCACGGAUUGGAAGCGGAAGAAGAGAGACUCGCACAGGAGCUGCCCCCUCAGAGGAAAGGGACACCGCUUUAGGAGGCGAGCGUCAAAGAAGUAGACGUGAGAGAGAAUCCUCGGGAGAGCGCGCAGUUCGACAGCAAGCUGAAGCAGAACGUCAACGGAGACGACGUGAGAGAGAAAGCAGUGACGAACGAGCUGUUCGACAGCAAACGCAAGCAGAACGUCAACGGAAAAGACGCGAAAUAGAAAGCAGUGAAGAGCGAGCUAUUCGACAGCAGGCUGAUGUAGAACGUCAACGAGGAAGACGUGAAAGAGAAAGCAGUGAAGAGCGAGCCGUUCGACAGCAGGCUGAUGUAGAACGUCAACGAGGAAGACGUGAAAGAGAAAGCAGUGAAGAGCGAGCCGUUCGACAGCAGGCUGAUGUAGAACGUCAACGAGGAAGACGUGAAAGAGAAAGCAGUGAAGAACGAAGGCCAAGACUCCGAUCUGAUACCGAGCGUCAUCGACGAGCGCGUGCAGAAGAAACCUCACAAGAAAGGAGUGUUCGCCUCACAAGUGAUGUUGAAAGGCACCGAAGAACGCGUAAUCGUCCUUCUGUCUUGCGUGGAAUAGCUUUAAGGAGUCGAUUCACAGAUCCUGGUUAUCUAGAUUGUUGCGAGUUGGGCCGGUUCAAUUUGAACUUCUUCAACGAUUUUCCUGGAGGGCUACGCAGACUAUUUGUUCAACAACCCAAUGACUCGGAAGAACAUCAACGAAUCCGAAGGAACUUCAUGGAAAACAUACGAACAUUUAAUUCAGCAUUAGCAAUGGCCUCGAUGGGUGCGCAAGUUGACGCUCUCAGAGGAAGAGGUCCCUAUUGCUAUCGCAUUCAUGGACAAGUCUGCCAUCGCAUAGGACCACUUCAUCCGCAGGAAGGAGAACAAAGACAGUAUGGACAAAUUUAUAUCUUGGAUACUGAAAUGGCCGCACAAGAAAGACUUGGAAAUAUAAGAAAUGUUGACUGCGAUCCUACCCUGAUGCGAUUCCUGAGCGAACUCAUUUCCAAUGUGAAC